GCAUCAGGCGAGUCAGGGGGUGUUUCGGUUGUUUUGGCCUAAGAAAUUGUUCCGUGUCCUGUGAAGGAUUCCACUCUGAAAAUGGCCACAUACAAUGCCAAACAUAACUUGGGUGAUGAGAAAAUUGACUACGACAGUGAUUCCAGUGACACAGUGCAGGAGUUGAAGGAUUUCUCCGAUAACUUUGCAUUUUCUAAUCUCUCCUCCUGCUGGGUCUGCAAUGGAUACUACGGUCCCUGCUUUGGGCAACCGGUGUGCGGAACGUGCCACGCAUUUCUGUUUCCCUCUGUCACGGACGACGAAGUCGUAGUGACACAGUUAUCGGACGAUGAGGAUUCUGGGAAUGACGAACCGCCACAAAAUUCCACUCACAGCGAGAGAGUGGAAGAGGAAGAGGAGGAGGAAGACGAUGAUCCUGAGGUGGGGGACGAGGAUGUUGGCGAUGAGGAGACAGAGGAGGUGGAGAUGAAUGCUGUGGAAAUUGCCUUUGAGAGGCCAAAACCCACUCCGCCGAGGAAUCUCAAUCAAUACUUGGAACUCUUGUCAGCACCUCGUGUUGCUGACAGGAACUCCAGUCGAAUUGAGAUAUUUCCCGUGGAAGUACUCCUCAAGAUCUUCUCUUAUCUGGACGACAUAUCUCUGUGGAACGCCAGCGAGGUGUGCGAGCAAUGGAAGAGAAUCCUGCAGACGCACACGGGCGAAACCAUGUGGAAGAAGUACACGCGAGAGAGAUGGCCACUGUUUCAGCAGAUCGCCACCAUUCCGAAUUGGUUUGACAUGUACUCCGCUCUCAUGGCGUCCUGCUUCUGUCGCACCUGCCUCAUCCAGAUGUCCCUGAAGACGCCAUUGCGUGGCUUAGUUGAUCUCAUGAAGAUGAAGCGACUGCGAUCUGAGAUAAUGUGUCUAAAAACGGGCGCCGCGGAUGGCAUCGAUGCUGUGCCACUGGAUAAUCAGCUCUCACACUGGCAAGGAUCCAUUCUGGGGCCGCCUGGGAGUCCGUACGAGGGAGGAAAGUUCUUCCUCUACAUCGUCAUCCCGCAGUCCUACCCAAUGCUUCCGCCCAGAGUGAGAUUCCUCACGAAAAUCGUUCAUCCCAAUGUGUCCCGGCACGGAGACGUUGGCAUUGAUAUCAUUCAGCAUAACUGGUCACUCGCGCUCACCAUUUCAAAGAUCCUUCUGUCAGUACAGAGUCUUCUGACGGAUCCAUUCACAGAGAUUUGUAUGGAACCUUCCCUGGGACGACUUUAUGAGACGGACAGAUCAAAAUUUGAGGCUCUGGCGAGGAACUGGACGUGGAAAUAUGCGAUGCACGAAGUCAUCCCGCCACUCCCGCUUUCGCAAUAAU